UUCAUUGAGUCAGUGUGACUUCACUUGCCGGCUGGGCUGAUCCACUCUCCACCUUACUACCAAUACCACACACCGGUUAAUAUACAACAGCCAAGUCAUGAAAAUCUGGACCUCAGAACACAUUUUCAACCACCCAUGGGAGACGGUAACCAAGGCGGCCAUGCAGAAGUACCCCAACCCUAUGAACCCCAGUGUGUUUGGGGUGGACGUGAUGGACCGGGCAGUGGACAGCCAGGGCCGUCUCCAUAGCAACCGCCUCCUCAGCGCAGAGUGGGGCCUCCCUUCCAUCGUUAAGUCUAUCAUCGGCAACUCGCGGACGUGCACCUUCAUCCAGGAGCACUCGGUCGUGGACCCCAGAGAGAAGACAUUUGAGCUGCAGUCCUCCAACAUCACCUUCACUAACCUGGUAUCAGUGGACGAGAAGCUGACAUACAAACCACACCCUCAAGACCCAGAAAAGACGGUUCUGACCCAAGAGGCCAUCAUCUCUGUGAAGGGGGUGAGUCUUAGCAGCUACCUGGAGGGGGUCAUGGCCAGCAGCAUCUCUAGCAACGCAGGCAAGGGCCGCGAGGCGAUGGAGUGGGUGAUCCGAAGGCUGAACGUUGAGAUCGAGGAGCUGGCGGCCACUGCCAGGGGAACGAUACGAACGCCCAUGGCUGCCGCAGUCACAGAGAAAUGACACCACCCACCCUCAAACCUUCUCUCCCUACCUCCAUCUCAUUACCUGUUCAGAUGGCAGGAGAUCCCCUUGGUUUUUAUUGGCUCUUAAUAACAUGUACGGUGCCAGCCCAGAUUCCCUUCACUUUGCUCUUCCUCCUCUCCUCUAAUUCAUGGGUGCAUUCCCUCCAUAUCUUAUUUGAAGUCUAUCUACAUUAGAUACUUCAUGGCGGACUGCAACCUAAAGGGAUUCUGGGUAGUGGUUUCAACAGGCUGCUCGGCUGACCGCUCGUAGUGAGAGGCUGGAAUCCUCUGGCUCCACGCCAGCAGAGGGCGGCGGGGUGACAAGGCCAACAGUGCCAAACAUCUUAUCGAGCCCUUCGAUGAUUUGUGUUCGCCUGCAGAGACUCUGCCCUGCUAGAGAAGCUCUCCUCCUUUGGGUCACAGCUCGGGGGACACCUGAGAGGGAGAAAGACAGUGGUUGAAUGAAUGAUGUCCACCUUAGCGUCGCUGCUUUAGCGACAGGGCCAGUCAGGUGGACAGGUGUGACCAGGUGUCUGGAAGACAGAGACGGCAGCGUCUCAGGCAGCCGGACGUUUGUGGAGGGAGCGUGGUCUUCUCUAGCAGGCUGGUUGCACACCAUCCGUCUCCUCUGCAGCCUCAAUAACUGGAAGAACUAAAGCCGAGCAAUAUGUCAGAGCUGGAACUCAAGUACUGUAUUUAUUACUACCAGAUAGCAUUAUUUUCUAAGCUUUAACUGAAAGAAAAGAACAAGGUAGUGUAGAUGUCUCAAAUGCAGUGUGGCUGAAGAGUUUCUCUGUGGAGAUGAACCACUUGCAAGGAACUGCAUGUUUCACCAGCGUUUCAUUUAAAACAAUGAAUACCUCAGCACUCACCUAGCCUCUGACCAGCUACACCAGAGAGCCGGAGGCGAGCAGGGUUUCAUGAAUAUCACCCGUGUUCGUGGAAUAGUGACACGAGCAACAGAGAGGAAUAUAAUUUAAUGGAUCUUCAGAAUUGUAGUUUAUGACCACAGAUGGAACACACUCUGCAUUUGAGACAGUUUUCCUUCAUGAGUUAGAGGUGGCACCUGCCAUGUUGUUGGUGAAAACUGUGCGGGCUUAUCGCAUUGUUACCUCAAAACAGUUAUUUAUUUGCAUAUAUAUUGUGAAAUACUAUUGAUUCAAUGGACUUUAAUGGGUACUUACAGAGAACCUUUAUAAUACACACACAUGCCAACACAUACAUAAUACAACCUGCUGUUACAUGCUGUGUCAAUGUUACUUUUUGAUUUUAUUUGGGCUGUGAACAUACGAACUCUUACUAACAGGAUGAACUGAAUGUAGACUCAGGCGGCCGAAUCCCAGGUGAUGCCCAGGUGAUGCCCAGGUGAUGCCCAGGUGAUGCCCUGGUGAUGCCCAGGUGAUGCCCAGGUGAUGCCCUGGUGAUGCUCUGGUGAUUUUUAACACACAAUGAUGAGCUUCCGAGAACUAAGCAAACUGUGCUUAAAAGCCUCACUUUACUUUUCUCCAAUUCCAGAACCUCUGUUGUUAGAGUGGGGAAUGUGUGUGUGUGUGUGUGUGACCCUGUGUGUUUAGGGUAUUUGUACAAUGUCAGAAAUACGAAAGGAAUUAUUUAUUUUCUUAUUUAUAAAGAUGUCUUUUAUUUUGUUCAUUGUCAACAUACAGUGCUUCAGUCACUUCCGUCUGAUGACGUGGUUGUCUUCUAUGUCUCAGACCACCUGAUGUUGGCGUCUAUACCCAACAGCCAAAAUGAUUGUUUGGUAUAUUAUGUAAGCCUGUGUUGUUCAUAGUCUCGCUGCGACUGAGAUGAAUGCAUUCCAAAUGCCUCUAGCUCUCAGGUUGCUACGCUGUUGCUUGUUGGAACAUUGUUUAUGCAUUAAUGGCCAAAUAUCCUAAUUCGUUUUUUUGGGGUUAUGCUUCUUCCGGCUGAAUCUGAUAUGGGAAUGACGUGACAUGGUUUACUUUGUUUCUUGGUAAACUGGUUUUCUUUCUAAACAAAAACAACAGAAAAAAAAAAAACAUAUUUAUAUAAUUUUUUCGAUUAUUUUUUUUGUCCAAAUCUGGUUAUUUUUUCUAAUUAUUCAAAAGUUGGAACUGCAUUGACGUUUGGAAAGCUACUGUACUGAUAAAAUAGAAGACUGGUCGAAUGAAAAAGAAUAAAGUCAUUUGAAAGCUUU